AUGUCGGGCCUUGAGUCCCUCGUGCGCUUCGCAACGGCAUGCUCAGUAAUAUCAGCAUGGUGGUCUGUAACCGUUACAGCUACAGCGAGCGGGUCGCAGAACGAGACUGGUACCGUGCAAAGCUCCGUCAGCCCCCUGUAUAUCGGAGCGUUCUUCCCCUUCCAACACAGCUCAACGCUGAAGUUUCAACCAGUGGUGGCACAGACGGCCUUAGAUCAUAUCAACAGUUUACCGGGAAUUCUGGAUGGAUAUCGUCUAGAGAUGAGAUGGAACUGGACAGGGAAUGAUAGCCCACAGGGAGCGCUACGUAUUCUGUACAACCUUGUGUUUUAUGGUCCACCAGUCGUUGCUGCAUUUGGACCCAGUUUACCAUCUGAAGCAGCGAUAGUCAACCAAGUUGCUGCAAGGUUUAAUAUUGUACAGGUUGGUCUGGCAAGUGGGGGAAAGCUUUCGGACCGGUCAAUCUAUCCGUACACUGUGAGAGCUUUUCAUGUCACUAAGGAAGUUCACAACGCCCGGGCCGCGUUCUUUAAAAAGAUGGGCUGGAAACGAAUCGCGUUUAUCUACGAAGACAGUUUGUCAUUUCGAGAGUACAUGACGACAUUACAGAGUGUAUUGGAAGCUAACGAUGUACAGGUCCUGUUGUCAGAAGGUGUUCAGGAUUUCAGCAAUUUAGAUAUCCACCUUCAAAAUCUCAAGCGUCAAGACGCAAGAAUCAUAUUCGUUGGAUUCUACAAGUUUGUAACUUUGAAGCUUUUUUGCGAGGUGAAUAUCAGCCCAUAA